UUCAUCAUCACAGUACAAAUGAAGAAGUAUGACUGCACACUACAAAUAUGUCCCCUUGUUUUAACCAGAGCCAUGGUUAAAACACUUCCAAGCGGACAGAACACUUUUUCACCAUGAGAAUCCACUGCAAGAUUGUGGCGAUCGCGGUAUGUUUCGGAGUUUUUCUACUUUUGUACUUUUUCGGGGGGAACGCUGCGGACGAGCCGCCGCUGAAUGAAGUUGCCAAAGAAAAACAUUUUCAAUCCUUCAAUCAUAUCGAGGAUAUAGCACCGGCGAAAGAAGCGAAACAAACCAACGAAGAACCACAAAAACCACCAAAACUAAUCCGCAAAGAGCCGAAGUUGAGCAGCAGAGGAGGAGGGAAUGUCAUCGCAAAGACUCGGCAGAAAAGUGAGGUGGGGCGGCCUGGGUCAAAGGUCACACAAGCAGAGGAUGUCAUGCACCUGGCAGUGGUGGCUUGUGGGAACCGUCUAGAUGAAACGCUCAACAUGGUGAAAUCAGCACUGCUCUUCAGCAUAAAGAAGAUCAAAUUUCACAUCUUUGCAGAGGAGAACCUGGCCGAACAAUUUGAAAAAGGGUUCAGUCAGUGGCCUCAGACGGUGUCCUCCAGGUUUCACUACAGCAUAUAUCCAAUCACCUUCUCUGUGGGGAAUGCAGACGAAUGGAAGAAACUCUUCAAGCCAUGUGCUGCCCAGAGGCUGUUUCUUCCCGUUAUCCUGAAGGACGUGGACUCACUGUUGUACGUGGACACAGAUGUUCUCUUUCUCCGGCCCAUGGAUGACAUCUGGAAGUUUCUGAAGGCUUUCAAUAGCACUCAGCUAGCUGCCAUGGCUCCAGAGCACGAGAUCCCUAAGAUCGGCUGGUAUAGCCGCUUCGCAAGACACCCCUUUUAUGGAGUCACAGGGGUCAAUUCAGGGGUCAUGCUAAUGAACCUCACACGGAUUCGUAGCACUCUGUUCAGGAACAGCAUGAUCGCCAGCGGUCUGUCAUGGGAAAAUCUGCUUCACCCUCUCUAUCAGAAAUACAAGAACCACAUCACAUGGGGAGACCAAGACCUACUCAACAUCAUCUUCCACUACAAUCCAGAGUGUCUGUACAUAUUCCCAUGCCAGUGGAACUACAGGCCAGAUCACUGCAUGUAUGGAAGCAACUGCAAGGCUGCGGAGGAGGAGGGGGUGUCUAUACUUCAUGGUAACCGUGGUGUGUACCAUGACGAGAAGCAGCCCGCCUUCAGAGUGGUGUAUGAUGCCAUACGUGAGUAUCCUUUUGAGGAGAACUUGUUCCAGUCUUUAUUUUACCCUCUUCAGACUAAGUUCCUAGACACAGUUAACACCCUUUGUGGAAGGAUACCACAAGUGUUCCUCAGACAGAUCGAGAAGACCAUGAGGGCUGUUUAUGAGAAAAAAGUGGUGCGCCGUGUCCGACUGCCACGCGAGUAAUGAGCCUCGGCUGCGUUUCAGUAUCACAAGGAAGAAUCUCUGCCUGCUGCUUGGAUCAGAGUGAUCUUUUUCAUCGAAGACGAGCAAUGCCAGAGGCAAGCUACAUUUGGUCCAUUAGGCACAGUAUGAGCUUCAUGAGCCAGAGGAGUUGGAGAUUCAAGCUGGAACAAUUUCUUUUGAGCAGACGUUUUGGUCUGCUGGAUGGAAACAGCAAUGCAGGAUGAAUGCAACUCUAGCGAAACCAUCAAAACUCUUGAGAGAGAGUAGUGAGAACACGCAUCGAGUGUCUCCAACUGUGGGUAACCAACCACUUGAAUGUUCCUGAAAGAACAUGAGAGACUCGUUGGCAAAGCUGUUUUUAGCCAAUCCAAAAAUAUGGAUUCAGAGCUGUUUAUUUUACAACUGUGUUGUACCAUUUUUCAGCAUCUAGUUCAUUAUGUCUAGUAUUACGCAAUUGGAGCAUUUGUGUCUCACUUUAUCUAAUUCUUGUAUUUAAGUGGCUGCACCAAUUUGUGCAUUCUGCUGCUUAAUAGCAUGAGAUAAGGCCUUGUUUUCAAGCCACAAAAAUGAAUGUAGCACGCAGAAACAACCAAAGAGAACUAGCCUGUAGAGCUCAGUAAGAUGUACAUUCAGUUUAAGUACAGCCCUAAUGGUGGAUGUUCACACUGUUUACAUUGAAGAUGACUUGUUAGUAAGACUAGAAAGGGGCCUGAUGUUGUAAUGUUGUGAUUGGGAUUUGAAUUUUAAUAUAUAUAUAUAGAAUUUCACGAGGAAACCUUUGGACUUUUGUGAGAAUUACAAUUAAAGGGAUAGUUCACC